GCGCUCGACUUCUCAAUCUCCCAUCCCAGCUCGUCUCUCCGAGUCUCACUCGCCGGCGUCUUCCCUCAAGGUAGUUCACACUAACAACACCAAGCAGUCAUGUCCUCAAGCAAGGCACCGAAGACUAAGGUGACCAAAUCAUCAACCUGCCUUUGCGGCUCCAUCUCUUUCACCGUCACCGGCGUAGAUAAAGGCACCGUACUUUGCCAUUGCUCGAAUUGCCAGAAGAUCUCCGGGAGCGCCUUCCUGCACAACUAUCGUUUUACGGACUCAACGCUCAAUUUCACGAAAGGCGAGGAUCUGGUUGUGAAGUAUGUAGACAGUGACACUAAGUCGGGCAAGGUAUUACACAGGCACUUCUGCAGCAAAUGCGGCUCAACUCUGUUCAUACUGCCGCAAGCAUUUCCCGGUCUCUCUAUUCUCUGUACUGGCUCGAUGCAGGAUAAAACGCAACCGAGCUUUGAGCUGUUCACUGAGAACAAGAGCCCUUGGAUCGGUGACGUUGCUGCACAGAAGGCGAAGAUGUAAAGCACUGCACCCCAAGG